CUCAUUUUUAGAGGGCACACACACAUAAAGUGAUCCUCCCACAUCCACACUCACAGCUGUUGAUACUUCUCUCUCUGGUGAACGGCUAGGAGCCCUGCAGGAAGCUGAGGGAGAAAGCAGCUCUGCAGUUUGCUCGUGGCGCCACCAGAGAGCAUCUACAUGGAGGAUCUCGAUUGACUGACUUCACUGAUUUGUUUUUACAAUUACUUCCUGGUUUUCCCUUGGUUCAUAUCCCGCUUUUUCUCUCACAGAAUCUCUGUUGUUCUUACUCCGAAUCUGUGGGAGUUUAUGGCAGAUUCCUCAACGCAAGUUAGAGAGGAAAAAGAGACAUGUGCUUUUUUUGUGUGUUUUGCCACCUACCACGCCAAACGAUUCUCUUUAAUUCACUGAUCAAGGAGGAAGUAACAGGUGUAAUUCAGACCGGCAGCCAUUCGGUGAAGAAGUGAGGCCAAACAGUAAUGAGUGUGGACAGCCACCAGGGAGUUGUGACCACCCCUCCCCCACCCAGUGGUGGGACUAGAGAGCGCUACUUUGAUCGAGUCAAUGUCAACGAUCCGGAGUACCUCAGAGCCAGGAACAUGUCGGCCGACCUCCGGCAGGACUUCAACAUUCUGGAACAGAAGAAACGGGUCACGCAGAUAUUACAAAGCCCUGCCUUCAAGGAAGAGUUGGAGACUCUGAUCCUAGAUCAGCAGCGCAAAGGGAACAACCCCACCGGACUCUUGGCCCUCAGACAGAUUGCUGACUUCUUCAUGGCGAGUUCAAUGGCUGGUUACAACACUUCCCCACUUAGUUUGGGGAUGGUCACGCCCAUUAAUGACUUGUACAACGUUGAAACAAGCACCAUGGUGAAAGGAGAGAAGCUUACACGUUGUAAACUGGCCAGCCUCUACAGACUGGUGGACCUGUUUAACUGGGCCCACUUUGCCAGCUCCUAUAUCACUGGCCGAGUCAGCAAAGAGCAAGAUCACAUCCUUAUCAUGCCCAGAGGACUUUCAUUUGCUGAGGCAUCUGCAUCAAACCUGAUGAAGGUCAACAUCAUCGGUGAGGCGAUCGAGCAGGGCUCCACCAACCUGAGCAUCGACUUAGGUGGUUUCAGCCCCCACGCCGCCAUAUACUCCAUGCGUCCAGACACCCGCUGUGUUAUACAUGUCCAUACUCCUGCCAUGGCUGCCGUGUCAACUAUGAAGUGUGGCAUCCUUCCCAUUUCUCAAGAGGCACUCAUCUUGGGUGACAUCGCCUACUUCAACUACCAGGGCAGCCUGGACGAGCCAGCGGAGCGCAGAGAGCUGCAGAAAGCACUGGGGCCUACAGCCAAGGUUCUGGUGCUGCGGAAUCAUGGCGUGGUUGCUCUGGGUGAAACUAUCGAAGAGGCCUUUCACUUCAUCUACAAUACGCAAUAUGCCUGUGAAAUCCAGGUGAACGCCAUCUCCUGUGCUGGCAGCAUAGACAACCUGAUUGUGCUCGACCAAGAGAAAUACAAAUCACGAGUGCACGACGUGUCCUCAACAUGUUCCAUCCAAAUGAACUGUCUGCACAAGCCAAAAGUCGGCGAGCUAGAGUUUGAGGCUCUGAUGAGGAUGCUGGACAACCUGGGCUACAGGACAGGUUAUGCCUAUCGCUAUCCCAUCAUGCGUGAGAAGCCGAGGCACAAGAGCGACGUGGAGAUCCCCGCCACCGUCACUGCGUUCAUGUUCGAAGAUGACGUGGACACCACGCGCUUUCCCUUCAAGUUUCUGCAGCAGCGGCAGCAGCGGGAGAAGACGCGCUGGCUCAACUCGCCCAAUAGCUACACCAAGGUCAACGUGGAGGGCGGAGACGAGCGUUACAACCACAACAGGACAACCACGUGGAUGAAAGCAGAGGAGACUGGAACGCCGAUCCGAAUUGAGGACCCCAAUCAGUUUGUCCCACUCAACACAGACCCCAAGGAGGUGCUGCAGAAGAGGAACAAAAUUAGAGAGCAGAAUCGGUGUGACGUGAUGACAUCAGGACCGCGCUCUCAGCACCUGGCUGGCAUCCCAAUUGAUCAACCACGGCGGGCGCAAGUGCAGAUACACAUUCUGCCAUACGUGCCCACAGAGGAGGAGCAGAUGGCCCCCCUGCCUCCAAACCCUUUCAGGGAGCUGUCAGAGAAAGACUUGCAGGAGUAUCGCAAAAAUGUGGAAAUGAGGCAACUGGGUCUCGAUGGCGAGCACGAGCUAACCUCAGAUGACGGCUCCACACUCUCUCACUCUCUGUCUCUCACCCAGUCACCACAAGGCACUCCAGCUAAAGUCAACCACUCGGGCCUGAUGAACGGCAAGGACAACCACUGCGACGUGGACGACGAGCUGUGCAAGCGGGUCAGCCGGCUGGACACCAGCGUGGAGAUCACGGUGCGCUCGGGCGACAAGAUUGAGGAGGUCUUGUCCCAGGAGAGCUCGCCCUCCAAGUCGCCCAACGCCAAGAAGAAGAAGAAGUUCCGCACGCCGUCCUUCCUCAAGAAGAACAAAAAGAAAGAGAAGACAGAGGCCUAAGGGGCGCCAAGAUGAUAGAAAGGGGAGAAGUUUUGUCUUUUAUGUUCUCUUUGUUUUCCUUAUUUUUUGUUUAUAAUCCUUUUCAGAGUUUUAUAUUCAAAAGAAAUUAUUUGGAUGGAAAAAAAAAGGAUUGAUAUGUAACAAAAAAAAAAAAAAAAAGCUUCCUAGGCAGGUGAACAGGUGGAAUUAUUGUGGUAAGGCUUUUUCAAGUGGAUCACGUAUGCAGUACUCCCAAGUUGGCUCAUCGAUUCUCCUGUGCUGAAAUUAGAACUUUUAAAAGUACCAUGCAUUGUUUCGUGUUUUAAAAAAUGGAAUAAUCAAGUUGAGAGUGCAAAACUGCACAUUUAAAAAGAAGAAGAAGAAGAAGCAGCAAUCUCAUCUGGUGGUCCUCUGCCUGUGCAUUGAGUCUAUAAUGACUGAGUGGCUGCACGACAGAUGACGUCACACUGGACAGCUGCUCUCCCUCGGUGGCCACAGGGUACGUGUCCGUUUGUUUACUGCUCUUCUUGUUCUUGCGCUUCUACAGCACCAACAUACAAGUAUGUUUACUCACCAAACUGGAGUCUGCACCAUUUAGCAUUAACAUCUCAAAAGAGCCACCAAGACACUGUAUAUUUAUGUAGCAUUUUCCUACUUACUUUUUGGACAAACCGGAAUUUUUAGUGUAGUUAAAGUCAUCGCAUGAAAUUUGACCUUUUUUUAUUGAACGUGCUUUUACUCAACUUCCUUUUAUAUUAAUUUCUCAGCUUUUUCCAGGCACCUGUUUUGUCUUUUGCCAGGAGGAGAAGUGAUUGCUCACGCUAUAUUCUGGAGUAGAGUGCAUAAAUAUAACACAGAUAUAUAUGACAACUGGAUAUGUUGGCUAUAGAUUUGUAACUAUAUAUUUUUUUAUUUCAUUGUGCUGCACGUUCCUUCUACUGCAGUGUGGGAUGGUUUCACCAGUGAAGGAGACUGUGAAGUCGUAUUUGGUCAAAAUUGAGCAAGUAGCAGAGCAAAGAUGUGGACGAUUGAGCCGAGUGAAGACCCAGAAAAAAGGCUUUUCAUGUGCAAAGUGAUGUGUGCACUCAGCAAAAAAUAAGUUCAAAAACAGGAUGUGUAGUGCUGAUACGUCUAAUUUCUGCAGUUGCCAGCUGAUUUGAGAAUAACAGGAGUAUUAGGGCCAUACGGGGUUGGGGGGGGGGGGGGGGGGGGGGGGGAGGGGGGGUAAUAUUACCAGAUACAAAGUUGUAAUUUUAGAAAAAGACAGUGGCCAUAUUUCCACGCAAGUGUAAAUGAAACAGUCAUUCUCUUGGCAUCUGUCAUUAAUCAAUCAUUACAAGUUGUAUAAUAUAUCAGUUUAUAGAAAAAAAUAUUUUUUUCACCUGCACUGAAGAAAGUACUUAUUUUUCACAUGUAUCGCCUGCACAUGAUUAAAAUGUGGAACUGAUGUAAUUUUCCACUCAUCUCGUAAAUUAUAGAAUAAUAUACAUGUAUGUUAGUUUAACACCUUUUAAUCAUGUGCAACCGAUGUACAUGUUGGAAUAGAGUCAAUUCAAAGGACGUUUUUUUCACUUUUAAUCUCAUAAAAUUUACUUUUUCUUGGAAUAGCUUAAUAUUGUAAAUUGUUUUCCCUGGUAAAAUUACUAUUCUCGUAGUACGACUGUAUUCUUGUAAAAUUAAAACAAUUGCAAUACUUGUAAAGUCAACUCCUAGUAUUUCAACUUUAUUCUGUUCAAAUAUUGCAACUAUAUUCAUGUAAAACUAAAAACUAUUGUAAAAUUCCAACUUGAUUCUUGUAACAUUUCAACCCAUCCAUUUUCUGUACCGCUUGUCCUCACUUGGCAGAUUUAUAUAUAAUACGGUAAAUUUUCACUGCUCAUGACUUGCCACCAUAUGAUUUUUUAUCUGUUGUGAGCAUGUCCGUUGUGCAGCAACAGAUUUAGUCUUAGAAAGUUGACAGCAGAUUUAUUUCUUGUUUAGUGUGGCCCUAAUACUCCAGCCUCAUGAACGAAGUAUGGCGAAGGCAUGACUUUUGUAUAGUGUUGAUAUGUUUGUGUGUGUGUGUGUGAUAUAAAGCCAUAUUGUGUUGUUUUUAGACAAUGGGUUGUGAUCCAAAGUGUGGCUUCAAUGACCCUGACAGGACCUCUUGUUUAAUCCCCCUAAUGACUGCAUGGCCCUUGCUCUCAGGCUCAAUACGAGCACUCGGCUUCACUCCUUCAAACGCAGCUUUUCAGGUGCACAUUCGAUCCCUCUGUAAGCCCUGUAACUCCCCUCGUGCAACCUUUUUGGCAAAUGUAAUAUUUGUCAGAUGACCUGUCGUUGACCUGUUCUCCUCGCACCCACUCCCUGGCUGGAUGCACCGUGUACCAGUACCAGAACCAGCAGAGUAAACUAGUGGAUUUGGAGGGCGGGCUCCGUCUUUAGUUGUGUCCAGUACUUUGUUUUGGCCAGCAGCUGGCCGGAGUGCAUGCAAGUGAAAGAUGGAGAAGGGAGGAAGUGUACACAAGCUAACACCGGCAUGCAUCAACACUCUUUCAUUGCAUCCCUCACAUUUGACAUCCUCCAUUUUUUUGGCUUCAUUUUUAUUUUAUUUUUUUGUUUUGUUUGCUCAUUAAGCAUUUUAUGAGCACAAAUUGCUCCCAGAUUAACUGAAUGUGCAUUGUUUCAUUUGGACUUUGAUUUCUUUGCACUUGCGCUACUAAUGCCUCCUAAUCCACAUUCUAUGUUAAAAUUGCAAAAAAGUUUGCUCUGGCCUGCCACAAUGAGCCAAGCGACUUUGUGACCUGUGAACACUCCCUUAUAUAAAUGCUAAUCUCAUGGAGUUGCUUUUAGAAGUACUGCUAAUCAGUGUACAUUCACAAAUAAACUGUAUUUUACCUAAAUGAAAGCUCAUUGUCAUCUUUUUCUGCAUCCACCUCAAACUUGAAAGUAUUGUUUGUCGUUGUGCAUAAUCCAUACACAAUCAUCUUCUUUUGCACCAGUUGUAAAGGGCGCAGUUCAGUUAAGGACUCAUCCAUUGUUGCAUCCAUUAUGCUUGGUGACUGCAUUGUCGGGCUACAAAUUGGACGAUGUCUAUUGUGAACUGGAAAUAACUGGUUCCUUUUAUUUGUCUUUGAUGGGAAUGCAUAUACCUGUACACGUGUGGAAUGUUCAAUCACAUUUACGACAGUGGUUGAGUCCGACUAAUAGCAAACAAUGGGACAAUGACAAUAAGUGGCACAGGAAAUGUGGACGUUCUUGACAGGAAUACCAAAGCCGUGACAAUAUCGUGAGAGACAUGCACAACCUUCUUUGCCCUCCAAAUCGAAUAACUGCACUGCCACUUCGCACCAUUUCAUUAGUGUUAGGGUCAAUAUCACUACGACAUGCUGUCGGUGUCCAUAGAAUCACUCAGUUGUCUUGAAAAUGUUGCAGAAUAAUGAAGCCAUGUCUUACUAUGAGUGGCCAAACAUAUGCACACAUACCAGUACAAUAAUGAGUCUCUUAAAAUGUGUUUCCUUGAUUUUAUGCCUUUUUUUUUUUUUCAUUGUAUGUACUGGUAUGUGAUUUUGGCAUGUACCACGCACUGCUCUGCUAACUACAGUGUGUAUAAAAGUGGUUAAAUGAUAUUACAAUAAAAAAUUUUUUUUACAUGG